AUGACUAUACCCUUUGCGGCGCCUACGGCCGACCUAGAUUAUUGCCUAGAGCAGUUGCUCGAGCAUAAGCCGCCGAGGAUUCUCCCAGAAGAAACGCUCCAGCAGCUUUGUCAUCUGUUGAAAACUCAGCUUCUUGGUGUUCCCAACAUCAUGAAGCUUCAGUCUCCAUGUACAUUAGUUGGGGAUAUUCAUGGGCAAUAUCACGAUCUAUUGGAAAUAUUCGAGAUCGGGGGCUCUCCGCCCACGACAAAUUAUAUUUUUCUCGGCGAUUAUGUUGACCGAGGAUACUACUCAGUCGAAACCAUCUCAUUGUUGAUAGUGUUGAAAUUACGAUAUCCUGAGCGGGUAUUCCUCAUUCGAGGGAACCACGAGAGUCGGACCAUCACCACAAACUAUGGUUUUUAUACGGAGGUUCUUAGCAAGUACAACGGCUCUCUCAAAGUAUGGAAUUAUAUCACGGAUCUUUUUGAUUAUCUACCGCUAGGAGCCACCAUAGAUAACAAGAUGUUUGCCACCCACGGUGGAUUGUCUCCGUCGUGUCAACAGCUAGACCAGAUUCGCGCCAUCGACAGGUUCAAGGAAGUUCCUCACGAUGGGAUUAUGGCGGAUCUUGUAUGGUCAGACCCAGACCCAGAAAUUUUAGACUUCAAGCUAUCACCUAGGGGAGCAGGCUAUCUAUUUGGCUACGAUGUGAUGAGGAAAUUUUGUCACGAUAAUAAUUUGGUUCAGCUCAUACGAGCGCACCAGCUCUGCAACGAAGGUUAUGUAAGUUACUGGAAGGGCAUGUGUCUUACGAUCUGGUCCGCUCCAAAUUACUGUUACCGGUGCGGGAAUCGAGCAAGUAUUUUGGAAGUGAGCCACUCCAAUUACGAAUCCAAAUCGAAUAAUGACCAAGGCGUGUUUCCGGGCCAAUUUUGCAACGUUUUUGAAGCGUCUCCAGAAAAUACCCAGGAUACAAAUGAGGGCAGGAGUGUGAACGGUAUAAAUUCGCUGUCUAGCAAAGACGUGUUCCGAGCAUAUUUCGCGGACAGGCCACAGAAUAGGCCUGUCGAAUACUUUCUUUAA